AUGGUAACCCUCAAUAUCAAAAACAGCUUACAGACAAUCAUUCUGGCCGGAAUACUCGCCGGUGCCAUCCUACCGGAAAUCGCAGUGGGUCAGAAUUGUGGUUGUGCAGCAGGCCUUCGUUGCAGCCAUUAUGGGUAUUGUGGCACUGGCAAUGCCUACUGUGGUGCAGGCUGCCAAUCAGGGCCUUGUACCGGUUCCAACGGUGCUUCGGUCUCUAAUAUUGUGACACAGUCCUUUUUCAAUGGGAUAAUCAAUCAAGCUUCUGCUGGAUGUGCAGGGAAAAGCUUCUUCACCAGACUCCGUGCAACAGACCACAUCGCGAGGGACAGAGUAAGGUUCGUUGAGUAUCGCCGAGUACCUGCUGUGAGCAGAAAAGUUUACAUGGGGAACGAGUCCAGUGUGGAGUACCCAUGUGCACCAAACAAGCAAUACUAUGGUAGAGGUCCUCUUCAGCUGUCAUGGAACUACAACUACGAUCCUGCCAGCAGAAGCAUUGGGUUCGAUGGACUAAACAACCCGGAAACUGUGGCAAAAGAUCCAGUCGUGUCGUUCAAGACUGCCUUGUGGUUUUGGAUGAACAAUGUUCACUCUAAAAUGAAUUCUGGAUUUGGUGCAACAAUCCAAGCCAUCAACGGUGGUGAAUGCAAUGGUAAUAGACCGGAUGCAGUCAAUGCUCGUGUUAAGUACUACACUGACUAUUGCAACCAACUUGGUGUUUCGUCUGGUAAUAAUCUCCGCUGCUAG